CUGUCUCGGCACCAGUUGACGGGCGAGAUUCCGCCUGAGCUGGGCGGCCUGUCCAACCUGACACGGCUGUGCUUCCAACCAGUUGACGGGGACGAUACCAAAGGUGUAGUUGGGGAGCCUGGCGCCACCCUGACGCAUCUGAGGCUCCACCGCAACCAGUUGACGGGCGAGAUUCCGCCUGAGCUGGGCGGCCUGUCCAACCUGGAAUGGCUGUACCUCGGCGGCAACCUUUUGACCGGAUGCGUCCCCGCCGGACUGCGCGACGUGCCGAAUAAUGACAUUGUGAGCCUCGGUCUGCCAUUCUGCAGCGAGCAUCCCUGCGUUAGCGGAGGGGCCGUCCCCGACGCGACCAACACAGGGCUGAUCUCCGACUGCGAGGCGCUGCUGGCGGCGCGGGACACGCUGGCGGGGACCGCGGCGCUCAACUGGUCGGCGGACACUCCUAUCGCGGAUUGGACCGGUGUCGCCCUCGGUGAAGCGUCGGGACGUGUGACCGAACUCGACCUUGGUGCUUUGGGUCUAAACGGGAGGAUACCGAAGGAGUUGGGCAGCCUCGCCAACCUGCAAGGGCUGUACCUCAGGCCAACCAGUUGA